AUGGCACGGCAGGCGCAGGCCCACGCGCAAUCAGCCGAGGGCGUCCCGGAAGAGAAGGGAUGCGGCGCGCUCCAGCCGCCGAUCGACGCCUCCUGGCUCAUCAACGGGAACGACGCCGGGGCACCGGCAAUCGCCGUGGUGGUGCAGCAGGCCCCCACAACAGCCAGGCGGCGAUGGGCGUUUACAAGCAGCAGCAGGCCGGCUGGCGGCAGCGGCGGCAGCGGCAACUGCGACAGCUCCCCCAAGCACUGGGGCGCGGCGGGCCAACACCCGCUGCAGCGCCGCCGCUCGUCGAGCAGCGACGGCUCCCCGCCGCCCGCCCGCCCGCGCUGGGCGGCCUGCUGGCGGCGUGGCGGCCGCCGGCGCGCUCUUCUCGCCCUGCUACUGCUCGCCCCGGGCGCCCAACUUGCAUGUUGGGGCCUGAUGAGAGGCGCGGCCUCGUUCAUCGGCCCGUCAUCACCAGCCAUCCUGCCAGGCACCGCCCCUGCUGGCCGUGCUGAUGCAGCCUUGCAGGUGGCUUCGGACGUUCGGGAGCUUCCGCUCACCUACCUGCCAGACAGCGGGGCCACCACGCUGGUCUUGUAUGUGUAUGCAGAAACGGACUCAGAAUCGCGCCACAACCUCGAUUUUUUUGUGCGGGAGGCCAUCGUACGCGGCAACGCCGAUAUGCCCGCCGCAGCCGACGAGGCAGCCCUGGGCGCUGGCAGCGGCGAAGCGGCGACGGCCGCAGACCGCGCCGACUAUUUGCUUUUGCUGCAGCACGACGACCACCAUGCGGCGGCCGCGGCGGGGCGCCUGCCUGCGCUGCCAUCAAACGCACGCUACAUCUGGCACCAGAACGAGUGCUACGACUGGGGCACCUUUGGGUGGCUGCUGGACCAGGAGCCCAUGCGUGCCAUGUUGGGGCGCUACAAGCAUUUCAUCUUCCUGAACAGCAGCGUCAGGGGCCCCUUCAUGCCCGCAUACUUGCGGGGCCUCAUGCACUGGACAGAGGCCUUCAUAGGGAUCUUGAAGGACGGCGUGAAGUUUGUCGGCCCUUCCAUAAACUGUGAGGGCGCCGGCGAGGAGCAGCCCCUCGGCCCUGCCUUUGCUGCUGCGGGCGGCCCCGCCCCGGAGCCGCAGGUGUGGACGCCGCACGUGCAGUCUUACGCGGUCGCGACGGACAUGGACGGCCUCGCACGGCUGCGGCGCCACAGCGCAGUCUUCAGGUACUCGGACCAGAUUGACUGGCGCAGCCUUGAGGCCUGGGGCUGCAACGCCAAGGUUAAUCCGACCAGCGCCGCGACCCACUAUGACGGCGGCUCCUUAGAUCCCCUCGAGGCGAUGUUUGUGAAGGUCAAGGCGGCGCAGGCGAGUGCGCCGUGGGUACGCAAGGCAGUGGCGUACGAGAGGUGGCGGCGCGCAGAGGACGGACCUCAGGUCGAGCGCGACAUUACGGGCAACGAGGUUUACUCCGAUGCGGAGCGCAUAUCCCAGCGCUACAUGCAGCGCGUGCUGCAGGCCCUUCACGGGCCACUGGACCCAGCAUCAGCAGCACAUACCGACGCCGCUGAUGACUACGCAGGCAUGGCGACCACGGAUGCUGUCACAGAAACGGCGAACGGCGGCCUUGGGGGUGCGUCAGCGUAUGGCGGACUUGGCAGCGCCAUGCAGCUGGUGGCGGAGCCUCCUGACAAUGGCCAUGGGCUGCAAGCCGACAUGUAUGGCCUCUACGCGGGAUACAUAGGACAGUUUGUGUAG